AUCAGAUCAACCGACGAAGGUUUCAAGAUGGUAGAGUGGGCCCCUCUUAAAAUUCCGCUGAAAAGGAGACUUCAGACGUUUUUUGUGAUGUUCCAAGUGUAUAUGUUUCUCUUUGGACACAUCUUCGGAACUUGUUUUCUAUUGUUGUUACUGUUGAAUGCAUACACCCGUAUUUUUGCUGCGCUUUAUAUUGGCUGGGCCUUCAUCUUGAAUUCUCGAACUCCAAGUCGCGGGGGACGUUCCUUUCAGCUGGCAAGAAGGUGUAAGAUGUGGAAAUAUUACUGUGAUUACUUCCCAAUACGUCUGAUAAAAACGGCAGAAUUGGAUCCUAAGGAAAACUAUAUUUUUGGCUAUCACCCACAUGGAAUUAUUGGUUUGGGAGCAUUGGGAAACUUCUGUGGGGAGGGAACCGGAUUCUCGGAAAAGUUCCCCGGGAUUUAUCCUCAUCUACUGACGCUCACAGUGAACUUCAAGUUCCCGUUUAGCAGAGAAUAUUGCAUGGCGAUGGGUGCGUGUUCCGUUGAUAAAGAUAGUAUUGAGUACAUUCUAACCAAGAUGGGUCCUGGUCAUUCGGCCGCCAUUGUAAUUGGAGGAGCAGCAGAGUCUUUGGAAGCUCGUCCAGGAAACUUUAAAUUAACCCUGAAAGAUAGGAAAGGUUUUGUCAAACUUGCAUUACGUAAUGGGUUAGUGUGAUUGAUUCAAAACCAGGAUCAGAAUUUAUGGUCGAGAUCACUUGGAUCAUGGAAGUGGCGGAUCCAGACCGUCAGAUAAGGGGGUGGCCCGGUCAUCCAGACCCUGAGAUGAGGGAGGGAUGGGGGACUCGGUCUCAAAAAAAUUUUUUUUCCGCCCUUCAGGCCUCAGUUUGGUCUAAAAAUAAGGGGGGCCCCAGGCCCCUCCCCUGGAUCCGCCACUGCAUGGGGCUAGAAUGGGAUUUAGCGUGAGUUCCUAAUUGACAGGACUGUCAGCCCCACACAUCUUCAAAUAUUGAGAAUUGAUGGGGAAGGGGCGAUAGAUGACGUCAUAAUGCAUGGCACAUAACAUCAUUUGUGAAAAAAGAAAAACGUGUGAAAAAGAUGUUCACUGUUGGAAUCGUGACCUAAUUGGUUUACUUCCCACCAAUCACAUUAUUGCUUAUAUUACAAUGGCAUACCGGAGUUUGUGAGGAAACGUUUGACGUUAACAGUAAAAUAGCUCAAAAAACGUAAAACAUUUGAAAUUUCAUUGUCGAAUCUGCAAGAAAUGGCAAACUUCAGCAAUUAUCCGGGAGAUUUCAGACAGUAAUCCGGAGACCAGGAGAAACGGUUCAAAACCUGGGGUCUCCCGGAUUAUCCGGGAGAGUUGAGAACCCUGAAUUGAUUCCCCCAUACCUGCCAAUAUCCGGAGUACAAAAAUCUGGAGACGUCUAGAAAUCUUUCCAUUGUAAGAAUGUCAUUUUCGACAAUGUCUGACUACUCUCCGAAAAUCACCCGAAGGCCUUCUGAAUGUUCUCAUGCAACUUUGAUAACAGCGUGCAAAAACAGCACCAACUUUCUACCAUGUAUUGUGUAAUUUGAUUGGUUGAUUUUUAACCAGUUAUGAUACUUGUUUUAUUAAUUUAGUCAAAUUGAUUGCUCUAUUUUACAUUUUCCGAUCGAGAAGAGAGCAAAGAAGAGCACUAAAUACACUUCUUGUUUUAUUUUCUUUUUUAACAUCUCAAAAAUAAUGUAAUAAUAAAAUAAUUAAUCGAAAAAAAAUUUUGAAAAAGGCCACAGUAGGUAUUUCCUGGGAGAUUUGGUGCUCUAACCAGGUGACCGGGAGAUUUGAUGAAAAACUUGGAGACUCCUGGAAAACUGGGAGAGUUGGCAGGUAUGUGCCCUAUGCCAUGAUCCGAGUGAUCUUGGAUCUUGAAUCCUGAUCCAGAUCAUUCUAAAGGAACACACCCUUGAAGACUAUAUUUAUUGUUAUGUAUAAGAUGGACAAUUACCUGGUUUAGCUUUGCAUGGUUUGGUAUUGGGGAUGCAUGUUAAGGGAUAUUGGAAUUAUGUUAGAUUUGAGAUAGGGGGUAAAAUGACACAAUUUUUUAGUAGGAGUAUCAUGGAGAAAAGAAUAAUUUGUUUCAAUUAUGUAAUGAAUGCAUUCUAUAACAAGACUAGAUGGUGAAAGUGAUGUCACCUUAUUUUUACUCUAGUUGCUCAUCUAGUUACCUACUUGUGUUGCCUGGCCCCCAGAAUGUGUGAACAAAAGAAUACAUCUGAUCAGCCCUUCUCUCCCCCCUUGAUAUAAGCCCACCUCCAAAUAUAUUGAAGUGAAUGCCAUUUAUUAUGACAAUUUUAAGUGCAAAACAUGAUUCAUGAUUAGCACUGCUAUACAUUCUUUUAAAGCACUUUUCCUUUAUAUGCAGUUGUAAGUUCCCUUGGAUAUAAGCCUUCCUAAAACCCCUAUUGAAGACACGGUGUAUAAGCAGCAGCUAACGUUGGACUGUUGGAAGGGGACAGAUAACAAAUUGUCGUUGCUGGAAAUAUUGGCAUGUCCUAACUGUUUAUCAAAAAGAUGCUUACAUAUGUGCAAAUGUUCCAUUCAUUUUUUGGCUUCAUUAAAUCCUUAAUACCAUAUGAAUGUAGAAAAUUUUAGAAGGAGCCACCCCCAGUGUGAGCACAAUUAUUGACAAGGUAUAAGUGGCAUAGUUUCAGAUCAGCGAAUGCUAAUACCACAUAAUAUAACUGUGCAUUGGUCAUAUUUUCAGUGCAUCUUUAGUUCCUGUAUUUUCCUUUGGAGAAAAUGACUUAUAUGAUCAAGUGAGUAACCCCUCUGGCUCAGCACUGCGUCAUUGGCAAACAAAGGUAAAAGAACUGAUGGGAUUUGCACCUCCACUCUUCCAUGGCCGUGGAGUCUUCCAAUACACUUUUGGAUUGCUUCCAUAUAGAAGACCAAUUCAUACUGUCUGUAAGUUAUGUUUAGCUGUUCCUUCUUCAUAAAAAUAUAAUGUUUGUCUUGUAGUAUAAACUCUUGCUAAUCACAUGAAAAAAGGUACAUUAAGCAUUGUUGCUAAUAAUUCCUUAUUUUACUCCUUAUAUAUGAUGUAACUGGCAUGAUGAUAUUAAUUUUUAAUGAAUCACAUUGCAAUUGCAAUUGGUUAAUGCUCUUAACCAAGAAUUUAAAGACAAAAGAAAGAAAACACUAAAGAACGAAACGUUCCUAUUUUUGUGUUAGAUUAAUCCAGUCUAUUAUUGUUAUCAGAGCAUGCAGACAUUAGUUUGGUGGAUAAUGAUUGAAAAGCUAUUGUUCAAGUACAGUAUUUUAAAUACUAUUUUAAAAGCAUUACUCCACAUACUAUUUUACACAUUCUUAGUCACUUUGACCCCAGUGCGAUGUCUGAGAAAAAUGCAUGCCCAAAGUUUAGGUAAAAGCUGUUUUUCUCAACCUGUACUGAUUGACUGGACAACUUUUAUCACGUCUUAUAGAUGUCUGUUCUAUUGUUGAGUGCAAAUUAAAUAAAAAAACAAUUGAAUUUAUAUAUAUAAUUUAGUUUGGUUUCAAACUGAAGCAUUCGUCUAUUUCUCAAUAUUUCUUUUUCUAGUUGGUGCACCCAUCAAUGUUAACAAAGUUAAGAGCCCUACAGCAGAGGAGGUGGAUAAACUUCAUUGUCAGUACAUCACAGCAUUAAAAGAUUUGUUUGAUAAACACAAAAGAAAUUAUGGAAUUGAUGAAGACAAGCAUUUGAUCAUCUGUUGAUGGAAGGAAGCUUGUUGUACCAUAAUUGAUUAGAGCAAUAUUGAUCACUAUUUAAGAUCAACAGAAUUGACAUUUUUUUUUUCUUAUUUUAGGACAG